UAAAUAUCAAAAGCGACUCCCGUACGACCUUCUGUCAGGCCUGGCUAGCUCCCUGCUGGAUGGUACUGUGUUUGAAAUCGUCCGCAGUCUACAGGAAGUCCAGCAGUUAGAGGAGAGACAUCUACACACACAGCGAGUCAAACUCGUCAAUGAUCACAAAGCACAGAGACAUGAGCUGCAAAAGAGACACAAAGAGUUACUACAGAGUUGUCAGAUGAAGCCUCACAAUUUACCCAUAGUGGAGGCUCAGAUUGAGAGAGAGAGGGAGACAAUGGAGAAGAGGUGUGAAGAAGAGGUGAAGAAGAAGGACAUGAAGAUUAUCAUGGAGUUAGAUCAGAAGGUGAUGGAUCAGCAAGUCAUGUUGGAAAAGGCGGGAGUACCUGGGUUCUACGUCACCAACAAGAGCAUUGACGUCAGACUACAGAUGUAUCUCCUGGAGUUUAUCACCAGAAUGGGACACAUGCAGCCACCUUGAAAGCAGGGCAUUAUGUGGUGGUUGUUUUGAUUUAACAUCAAGAAGUCUUUUUCUUAAAUUUAGAAUUUAGAAAAGAAAAAUUGAUGAAUUGAUUCAAGUUGUUUGCAAGAUAUAAUGAGAUUGACCUUUCAGUAUGGAAUAAAAUGGACCCCUGAAAAUAGAAUUAUUAAUCUUGUGAACAUUAUGGCAUAGAGGUUUCUUGUUUAGACUAUACCACUGUUAAAUCACAUGCUUUUGUGAAGAUAAAAUUUCAUGGCCCGAAGAAAAAUUCUGAUUUCGUGAGAAAUUGAUUCUUUGAAUGAAGUAAUUUAUGUAAAAAUACAUUUCAUGAUUGAAAUGAUUCAUGAUUUCAUGAUUCAAGAAUUUGCGGUUCUCUUCGUACAUUUAUCUCAAAAACAAUGAAAAUUAAACCCCCCCCCCCCCAUGAAAAAUGAAUCUCAUCACAGUAAAUACAAAGAUUUUUUU